CCCGCAUCCAGCCGCUUCAACGCACACUUUCAUCUAUAUACUCUGCGCCGUCACCUUCGAAUUAACAACCUCUCCUCUACUCCCUCUCUUCCGUCAACAUAUCUCGCUUUCCUUGCCCAAGCUAAACCACAUUCCAUCCCAAACAUACCAUGCAGCUCCUCAAUCUCCUCGCGACCCUCAUGGGCCUCUUGUUUCUUGUCCUCGUCAGUCCCGUCCUCAGCACCGACACCUCCUGCAGUGCCGAAGGCUACAUUCCCUCCAUGGCCACUGCAUCCGAGAGCCCGCUCGCCGUCAUCGGCACGUACAGAGGACAGGAUUGCCCCGCAAGCGACACGGAGUCUUGCAAGUUGACCAUCUACGAAGAUGGGAAGUGUUUCCAGUUCUUGCCCGACACGGAGAGCUUGAGGGUCUUUGAUUCAGACAAGACGAAGUUGAAGUAUAAUUCUCGUAAGUGAGAGAUUGGCACCGAAUCGUCCUAUCACGAGGGUUCCG